AUGUUCCGAAUCCGACCACUGCUUGCGAAAUUACUGAAACAAACGUACCCCAACAUCACUUACCCGCCAGAGGACGCAGGCUACACUGAAGAAAGCCAAGUGCCCUGGCACACAGCUGCCUGGCUGGACUCAGCAUGUGUCCUCGCUCCCAACAUGCGCAGCAACGCUCUCGUUUGCAGGCAAGACCCGGACCAACACCUCCACCCACCUUGCCACGCGCGGAGGUGGCCAUAUGCCCAUUUCGGAUGCGGCUAUAUCAACAGUACUGGAGACGUGAUCUCGAGCACCAAGCUGAAUACUCUGAAGCUAUCCGAAGACAAGGGGACGAUGAUUGUUGGAUCAGGCCCGAGGUAG